AUAUAUUCAUCUCUCUCUUCGAUCUCCCUCUUCCAUUGUCGUUCACUCUCUGUUUCUCUCUCUCUUAGACUGUGCGAGUUAGUUGUAGAGAGAGACAAAGAGAAAGGAAGGUUGGUUCGUCUCUCUCUCUCUCCCUCGAGUAUGGUGAGAGUACUUAGCAGUAAUGGAGGGAGUCGGAGAAUUUAAAACCUCUCUCUCUCUAAUUGGCUCUGUCUAACGCCAUUAAAACCUAUCAGUUACGCAAUUUCUCAAGGAGACGGGAAGGGAGAGAGAAAGAGAGAGAUUUGGAAUCUGUAAUGAAUGUGAAGGAGAGGAAGGGAGCACUAACGGCGGCUUAGGUGAAGAUUGAAGAGAAAGCUCAGAGGUAGACAAACAGAGAUACCUCUGCUCUCUCUCUCUCUCUCUCUAGCGUCGCUCUGUAGAACGAAAGGAAAUAAUUACGGCCAAGGAUCGAUUUUUGCCCCUUUUUUUUUCUUGAAUUUGGGGUUUUGUGUUUGUCAAAUGCUUCUGUGGCGAAAACCCGGAAAUUCUUCUGUCUCAAAUCUUUCCCAAAAACGAACCCUUUCUCCUCCCGAAAUCAUUGCCCGCAUCUUCUCUCAGAUUCUCUUCCGUUUCGUUUUCUCCCCUUCUUUUGAACUCUCUCUCUCUCUCUCAUUCCCCUCUGAUAAAGUUUGCAACUUUUUGUUUUUUGUUUUUGUGUGGGCUGCGUUAAUGGCGAAAAUGCUGUGAUGGUCCAGUGACGGGUUUUUGGUUGGGUGAGUGUGAAAGAGACCGUGUGAGAGAAAGAAGGACGUUUUCGUUUACUGCUCCGGCUAUCGACGGAAUAUUUAUUGGAUGAAGAUGGAUUUCAUCGUCGGCGACGGAAAUGGGAGCGGGAGCGGCGGAAGCCAUCAUCUCGACGGCGGCGGCAGAGGAGGAAGAAGAGAAGCCGAGCGGAAGAAGAAGCGUUAUCACCGUCACACAGCUUACCAGAUUCAGCGUCUUGAAGCAACUUUCAAGGAGUGUCCACAUCCAGAUGAGAAACAGAGGCUGCAACUCAGCAGAGAAUUGGGUUUGGCUCCAAGACAGAUCAAGUUUUGGUUUCAGAACAGAAGAACUCAGAUGAAGGCACAACACGAGAGAGCAGAUAAUUGUGCAUUGAGAAUGGAGAACGAUAAGAUACGGUGUGAAAACAUAGCCAUGAGAGAAGCCCUCAAGAAUGCCAUAUGCCCUAACUGUGGCGGCCCUCCUCUUAGUGAGGACCCCUACUUCGACGAGCAAAGACUUCGAAUAGAAAAUGCACAAUUGAGAGACGAGCUUGAAAGAAUGUCAAGUAUUGCUGCAAAGUACAUAGGAAGGCCAAUGAACAUCUCACCUUUGGACUUGUCAAUGGCUAUGGGGGAAGGUCCUUCCCUUGAUUUUGAUCUUCUCCCUGGAAAUUCAAUGGUUGUUCCUAUCCAGCCACCCCAACCGACCUGUGCUUUAUCGGAUAUGGAUAAACCCCUUAUGACUGAUAUCGCUGUCUCUGCAAUGGAAGAAUUGCUUAGACUUCUCCAAACAAACGAACCUCUCUGGACGAGAAACGAUGGCUGCAGGGAAAUCCUCAACCUUGGAAGCUAUGAGAAUAUGUUUCCAAGAGCAAGUAAUCAUGGGAAGAACCCUAACGUUCGAACAGAAGCAUCUAGGUCUUCUGGUGUUGUUUUCAUGAAUGCUUUGGCACUUGUUGACAUGUUCAUGGACUGUGUCAAGUGGGCGGAGCUUUUCCCCACGAUUGUAGCAACAUCUAAAACCCUAGCAGUCGUUUCGUCAGGAAUGAAUGGUACCCAUGAGGGUGCAUUGCAUUUGAUGUAUGAAGAGCUACAUGUGCUUUCACCCCUUGUGGCAACUCGAGAGUUCUAUAUGCUGCGGUAUUGCCAACAGAUCGAACUGGCAACUUGGGUUGUCGUAAAUAUCUCCUAUGAACAUCCUCAGUUUGUUUCCCGUUCUCGCUCUUGUAGACUUCCUUCUGGAUGCGUGAUUCAGGACAUGCAUAAUGGGUACUCAAAGGUUACUUGGGUUGAACAUGUUGAUGUUGAAGAGAAAGAACCGGUUCAUGAGAUUUACAGAGACAUGAUUCACACUGGGCUAGCUUUCGGUGCAGAGAGAUGGGUUACCGUUCUUCAAAGAAUGUCCGAGAGAUUUGCUUCCCUAUUGGUGUCAGGAACUUCAUCCCGUGAUCUCGGAGGAGUGAUCACAUCGGUGGAAGGCAAGAGAAGCAUGACGAGACUUGCUCAGAGGAUGGUGAGAAACUUUUGUUUAAGUGUCAGCACUUCUAACAACAGCAGUUCAGUGACUGUCUCGGGAUUAAAUGAAGUUGGAGUUCGUGUUACUGCACACAAGAGUCCCGAGCCGAAUAGCACUGUCCUUUGUGCAGCUACCACCUUCUGGCUCCCAGUUUCUCCACAAAACAUCUUCAAUUUUCUCAAAGAUGAAAGAAACCGACCUCAGUGGGAUGUUCUUUCAAAUGGUAAUGCAGUGCAAGAGGUUGCUCAUAUCGAAAACGGGUCACAUCCUGGAAACUGCAUAUCUGUUCUUCGAGCAUUCAACUCAUCACAGAACAACAUGCUAAUCCUACAAGAAAGCUGCAUAGAUUCAUCCGGCGCUCUCGUGGUUUACAGCCCCUUGGAGCUACCUGCAUUGCAGAUAGCAAUGAGUGGGGAAGACCCUUUGUUCAUUCCGUUACUGCCAUCAGGAUUCACUAUCUCACCAGACGGAAAUAGCAGAAUCACAACCAUGGAUCAAGGAGAUUGUGGGUCAUCAUCGAGCUUUGGUGGAGGGUCAUUGAUAACUGUGGCGUUUCAGAUAAUGGUGAGCAGUUUGUCAUCUGCUAAGCUGAACAUGGAGUCAGUCACAACGGCCAAUAACCUCAUCAACACAACUGUCCACCAGAUUAAGACAGCCUUGAACUGCUCUACAGCUUGACAGGACCUCAAAGAGUUGAUGUCCCAUUUAAAGCAGCACCACCUCUCUCUCUCUCCCUCCACUUCAAUGCUUGGAGGAUGGAGGGAGGUUGUGUUAGUUGAGUGAUGCUCUUCUCUCCGUCGCUCAAAGGCCAAGAAUCAUUAACUGUUUUGUCUUCUGCUGAUGAUGGAAGCUGGAAGUCAAGAACGCACCAUGCACUCUGUCUUCUGUAUGGUUCGGGCAUUGACUUCUUGUUCUUCUUCUUCCUUUUUUUUUUUUUGUGGGUUUCGUUCAUUGUUAUGUUCUGAUCUCUUUUGGAUUCUUUGACUUUGAAUCUCUCUCUUAUUUAGUUUGAAUUUUUUUGGAUGAGAAGAAUAAUGUCACCUCUCAA